AUGGAGUGUUCAUUCGGCAUCAGCGGCAAGGACUUUGUCCUCCUUGCGUCGGACAUGUCGGCAGGCCGUUCGAUCCUGCAGUUCAAGUCUGACGAGAACAAGCUCAAGACUCUGGGCCCGCACCUCGCCAUGGCGUACGGUGGUGAGCCAGGCGACACGAACAACUUUGCCGACUUUGUCGAGCGCAACGUCCGCCUCUACCACAUCCGGCACAACAGCGCGCUCCUCCCGCACGCUGCGAGCGCGUGGAUCCGUCGCUCGCUCGCCGACGCCCUCCGCUCUCGCAGACCCUACGCCGUCAACCUCCUCCUCGGCGGGUACGACACGACCACCGACCUGCCCCACCUCUACUGGAUCGACUACCUCGGUACCAAGGCUGUUGUGCCUUACGCCGCGCAUGGGUUUGGACAGCUCGUUGCGCUGAGCACAAUGGACAAGUGGUGGACUGAGGGGUGCGAUCGCCACCAGGGGCUGGAAGUGCUGAGGAAGUGCAUCAAUGAGGUGGCUAUUCGCUUGACCGUCAAGUUCAACUUCAACUGCAUCAUCAUCGACAAGAACGGUGUGCACCAGCUCGACCUGUCGUCCGACGACCCGUUCGCCAAGAUCGAGGCCGAGGAGGCGGCCGAGGCGGCCAAGAUUGCCGCCGAGCAGCCGUCGGCAAGCCCCACGCCGGCGCCCGCCGUCGCCGCGGCGGCCUAG